CCUGAGAGCCGCUGCGCUCAUCCGGACUCCCUCCACUCUCCUCCCUGUCUGCCGCCGAGCUCCUCCGGCUGCAGACCGACCUGAAGGCGGCACAGAGACCCGUCCAGCAGCCUCAGGUUGUUUUCCUGGUUUUUAAACCUUCCUCACAGAUUAUCUGUAAAUCUGGCACGAUGCGGGCGCUUCAUCCAGAAUAACAAACCCAGAGGCAAGUUGGGACCGAUUUUUGGAUUUGAAUGGUUUUGGAUAUCUUGUGAGGAACCUGUGGUGAAGCGGGUUGAGUCCACAGGGUUUUAUCCCUGAACGACCUUGUGUUUUUCUUUCUGUGGACGCAGGAUUUUCCGGGAAUGGAGAGGAAUGGGAUUGCUUACACGCAGUGAAAAUUCAAGAAAUCACGAUCGCCUCCCAUCGCCAAAGGAGGACGGUCUGAUCAUCACAGCUUGGAUCUCAGAGAUGGAUAACAGUGGAUGACAAAAACCUAAAAACCAAAAGUUGACAGAGGAGCUCACCCUGCAGCAAGUCCAUGAGACAUCCUCCAGAGCAUGGGGUGUGUCAAAUCCAAGAGGAGCGAUGCCUCCCAGCAUGCCAACUCCACGGAGAAGAAGGCGCGAGGAGAGAAGGCCUAUUUGGUGGGUUCAUCGGAGCCGGCCUCGGUGGAGGGCUCCCCCCAGGUCAACCCGGUCCUACUGGAGUAUGCUCAGAAACUGUCUGAGGAAAUCGUAGCCCGGGCGGUGCAGCAGUGGGUGGAGGUGGACAGCCGCUACAGUGACAUCCCCUACAUUGAGUGUGACGUUCCAUGAUGGGAAGCAAAUUCCACAUGUGGAUCACUUGGACACCCUCUGGACCUUUUUUUUCUUGAGUAUGCAGAACAAAAGGAGAUCAUGGGUUUUUCUGUAGUGAGACUGAGUACGAGGGAAUUCAGUUUUGACCUACUUUUGGAUGGGAUUAUGCUUGGGAUUGAUCCUAAAACCCUCCUCCAAACUGACCAAAGCGUUCUGAUCCCAGCUCUGUGAUUAUGGGAGCAGUAGUAGGUUUGUGCUCAUCUUCCUCUGUCUAUAUCUGUCCAUGAAUGGACCUAUGAACCCAGGAAUACCGUCCGACACUCGAUCCUCAUCAUCUCCUCUGUACCAGGCAGAGCAGGGACUUAUUAAUAGAUCAGAAACACUCCCUACCAUGGAAUUCCUUAUAGUCAAGGGGAGUAACUCCUUUUGGCCUAAAAGGAGAUACUACAGUAACAUCCUCAGCUCUGCUUCUCUCACUGCCAAUACUUCGCCUUAAUCACUGCCCUCCAUCUAACAGGACCUCAGAUUUCUGAAGUACAGAUGAUGCAUUUCUAAUUGGACGCGGCCUCUAGACGUGGCAGGGACACAGAACUUCAAAAGGGUUGGACUCAUGGGGGUAGUGGAGCUGAGACACUGCUAAAAAGAUCCUGAACCACCCGACAAAAAAUGUUGUAGGCCUUGUUUUGUCCCCUUUGUGUCACUGUGCCAUCAUUACUGUGCUGGUAAUUCUUUAAACCCGUAAUACAGUUCCUUUGGUGCUGCUUCAGGUACUUACCAAAUAUACACACUGCAAACUGUGCAAAAGUCUUGAGUAAUCAGUCGUUCCUUAAAUUUUGUAUUUGGUUGUCUGAACCUUCUCAUAUAGGCUGUUAGAGGGUCUUUAAAGGUGGUUCUCUACAACAUUGACAAAAUGUCAUUGGUUAGAGCCAUGAAAAAUAUCACAGAAAACCCAGUUUGACUGAAAGAAGGUAUGAGCUCCAACAAGAUGAUUCUCAAGAGCUUACAGGGUUCUUUCCCAUCAUGUGCAGUUUGAACUUUCAAACCUGAAACAAAUCAGAGCAAAAUUGCUGUGUCAAGGUUUUUUCUUUCCUCCCAAACAGAAAACGUUCGUAGGAUCUUUAGAAGUGGUCUUGAUCAAAGUUUCUCCAGACUCUAAGAAAGAUCUUGAAAUCUUUUACGUUGGUUUCCAUUAGCUCUUUAUGACAUUUCAAUCAUUUAAUGUGAAGAUGUGUUUUAUUUGAAAUAUUGGGUUUUUUUUUUAUUCUUACUAGUCUGACCAGUUCAUAGAAAAUAAAAUGUAUUGGAUCUACAAAUGUCCAACCUCCAUCAGAUGAUCAAUAGAGAAAAUAGCCAUGAAAGACACAGAGAUGCACAUUUCUGGAGCUGAAGUUCUCUGUAGCACAACUGCCACCAUUGUUACCUUGGUUCUGUUUUACUGGUAAAAGAAGUUUUAGGUUAAAGACAAGAUGGUGAUUUUUUUUUUUUAUCCACUGAUGUUUUUUCUGACAUAAAUCACUUAACAAAUGAGAACAGUGCAUAUCCAUUAGAAAAUGUUCAUUACUGUGCUUCUUUUUUUAUCAGAGCAGCCAUAUUGGAUUUUAAAGUCAAAGUUUGCAGGAAGCCUCAUAUGUUUCUUUCUUGGUGUUUUGACCUCAGGUCAUUUUAAUUUUUAUUUUUAGAAAUGUACAUUUGAUAACAAACUUAACAAACAGAGCCAAUAUUUUUAUGAAAAAUAAAGCCUUGUCUUUUAGUGGUGGCUAACAGCUUUUUGGGGAAUACCCUUGUUGGGGAAAAACAAAAAAAAAACAUUUCCCAUCAAACUUUUUAUUUUGGA